AUGGCCGAUAAUCUUGAGGUACUCGAAGCCUUGGUUUCUGACCUGCCUUCAGGGCGUUACCUAGAGUUCUUGGAUGACGUGCAGAACCAUGCUGGGAACACACUUAUGGGCCUAAAAACUGCCAAAACACCUGCCACGAACGCCAUCAGCCCCCCCUCUUCGAGUAGCUACGUCCCACCGGCAAAGACACAAACGUGGGCCACGCCUAGCGGCUGGACAUCGAGGUACGGAGUAUCAAGGAAGACCCCGUAUGUAGGAGGCGGCCGGUCUUGGAUAGAUCCCGACUUCCCUCGACUGAACCAUGACACGUUCGAGCCGGUCAACCCUCCAGACCCCGGCGACACGAUCCCAGAGCCGCAUCCCGAGGACCUUGAUCGCUUGUUGCAGGCGGAAGAGAUGCAACGCCUGGCGCUCGGCGGUAUGCGCACAUGGGAGGCCGCUCUCAUGGUGCAGGAAGAGGAGAACAUGCCGAAAGAGACCGAGCCCCUUGCAUCCAGCGAGACGCUGGCGGACAGCGACAUGAUCGACGAGUCGAAGUGGUUUAGAGUCCUAGGAAAGGAUCGAUGGGUCUGCGACUUUGAAGAAUUUGUCGACGGAGACGGAGAAAAUAGGAAGUGGUCUGUCGAUGAUGCGAUUCUCUGGGCAGAGCUUCGACAAGUCCUAGACAUUGCAAACCGCAUUCUCAAACAGGCUUCUUACACCAGGUGGAUGUCUACGUUCCUCGAUAUGAGGACGAUCCGCGCCACCAAAAACGUACAGUUGCCCAAAGGCGGCAAAAGUAAAGAAAGGGGCACGAUAUGGAGGGCCACAGAAAGAGCAAUCGAUGCCCGCUUUGACGUGAGCGAUUGCAUAGAAGCCAUUGACCACUUCUGCGAGGAUGUCAAUUUUACCUUUAACUCUGUCAACCGCAAUUCAGAGGCGCCCAACGGCUGUCCUUAUGGAGUGACUGGUCCGCUCGAGAUCGAUGGCCGACAAUCGACUCUGAUACAGGUCGAUACUAUGGGUGCUCUGGCCCUGAUCAAACCCGGGGUCAGCGAGACAUCAAAACGCCAAGCCAGAGCGCUCCUAGCGAUCACAAUCACUCAUGAGAUACUGCACGGCGUCAGAUUUGGCCAGACCAAUUUCAAUCAGUUGACGGAAAUGCUUCCCGAACCUCACCCUGAUCGCGAGACGGCAAGUCACCGGCAACAACAAUUGUGCCUGCGCUUUGCUAAUAGUUUGCAGUUCAUGUUUAACGAGCUGCUGUCUGAAAUGGGCGAAUCAUUCGAAAACGCCAUCUUCGGCGGUGUCGCCAAUCUAAGUGCACAUCCUCUUGACAUAUACCGCUUCAGUGGCUCAACCAACGGCGCCGCACUUCUGGCAUCGAAUAUAAAAUGGCCUAUCCUUAAGCCGAGCACAUGGGCGUCGCACUCGAUUCGCAUCGAUUUGGAGUAUCCGUAUACCUAUGAGAGUUCGCCGGUGCCAGCUCUGUACACAUGCGCCACGACGACGAAAGAAUUCUGGGAGUCUACUGUUGCGAAGUAUGGCAGCGACGCGCUCCGAAUGCCCCGAGUAUUUGAUACCCGUGUUACGACCGGCUUCGAUGUCUCGUGCGUGCCCGCAGCCUGGAACCAUGACUUGAAGACCAAUGCUUCACUCGAGCGGCCGCUGAAGCAAAUGGCUCGUCGGAUACAGUAUCGAAGGAAGCAAUACGAAGAGUGGCGCCCGUGGUAUAAGGAGGCUUACGAAGAAUGGCGAAACUCUCCCUACGGCAACGUGUGGAAUAGGUUCGACCUAGAAAAGGUGCUCAACAAGCAUCUCGUGGGUCGCACAUUCGCAGACGAGCGGGACAUUGCGGAUAUCAUUUCGACUUGGUCGAACCCUCUCGUCUGGCCAAACGCCGGCCCAGAAGAGCUCCCAUGGCUCUUGGAUAGUCACGACAUGAUCGACAAGAGCAACUGGUUCUACCGUGCCAUGUGCAUGCUGAUUACAGCGGUACUCCCCAUCCGUUUCAAGCCGCUUCACGUGAACCCGCGAAAAGGCCACAUGCCGGAGCUGGUGAAGAACCCCUGGACUGUUCGACCCUCGGUGCUGGAAGGCCAGCCGGAAGAGCAGCGCGCCUUUCUUAACAGCAUUGCCGAUUCGGCGUACCGCGAAUCAGAUCCGAUUGAGAACACGGCAGACUUCGUGCUCAACUUUCCAGGUCACAAACUUGACGGGGAGCAAGGCAAGGAGCCCUACAGCAUCAAGGACCCCCGAUCGCCCCGAGCUCUCCGAAGACACUUUCUCCACGAAGCGGCUGGCUAUUUCAAGAUAUACGAGAAUCUCAGUGCGGCGCCGCUGGGCCUCAAAGAAGCCUUUGAGGCAGCCCUCAAGGACGUCGCGGCGCAGGUCGGCAACCUCGCUGACCCUGAUGUCAACAGAGAGGGCACAUGGCUCAAUCUCAACUUUGCCAUGCCUGGAUACACUCGCGCGACGCAAAAGACUUGCCUGUACAACACCAUCGAGCAGUACCGCCCCAUCUGGGGUCGUGACGCGGAUCCAGACCCGGUUGACACGAGCCUGCCCACCUGGGCGCAGAUGGUCGACGUGAUCGCGCCCCUUGAGGACAAGCACCGCGUUAUGUAUCAGUGGAUGCCGGCGGACAUUUUGGAGCAGAACAGUGGAAACGGUAGAGAAGUAUGCAUCAUUGAACGCCGUACCGUCUAUCUAGUCUGCUUUUGGGACGCCGUCAAGCCGCCAGAGAGAAGCCCGCUGCAUGAUGAGUAUUAUGGCUGGGUCAGAUUAGGGCGACCAAUUCCGCUGCAGCACGGCGAUCUAAUGCUGGACAUGCAUGUAUCGAACAACAACGGGCAAUUUGAUCCGGAAGCGUUGAUAGGGCGAUUCAUACCAGAGUAUCGAGAGCACGAGGUGGCCAUGCGUGAUGGACAGGAUGGCCAGCCGUUCUGGAUUGUUCUUGAACGGAACAUUUUUGACAUUACAAACUGGACCUCUCCGAUCAUGACCGAUGAAGGCCAAAUACCACUGCAUACACUGCUGCGAAGUGUGCCGGGCGGGAGCCCUGCACACAAAGUCAUCAUGAGCCAAUACGAUCUUUCGGAAGUGAGAAGCAGCCUCUGGGAAACCAGAGUCGGUACAGUCUGGGCGGGCGAGAUGCCGAAGACGCGUACCUUUAACGUCUACACUAGGCGUGAGGUGGCAGCCCAUCGAUACCUCGACAAAGAAUGCCCCCUUGGUGCCUACAUCAUCAUUUGGAACAAUGUCUAUGACGUGACAGAAUGGGCGCGUCUGCAUCCGGCAGGCAUCCAGCUGAUUGCGCCGCACGUGGGAAAGGAUGUAUCGGACAUCUUUAGAGAAAACCACAAUUUUCUUGCCAUAUUGAGUGCCAUCGAACAUCUUCGCAUCGGCCGCAUCGUACCCGAGCACGACCCUGAUACAAGGGUUCCGCCUCACACGUUUGCGCAUCACGACACACUCAUAUCCUUCCAGCCAGAUUGGAUCCAAGAUACAGCUCGUGGCGAAGUCUAUCGAAGCCUUUGGAACGACCACAGCCCAUGGACCAUAGACGACGAAGGCAUCUUCGCGGAUCGACACCUCUACAGCCUCGAAAAGAGGAGAGUGAUCGAGACAAUGAGGGGGUCGAUGGAGCUCAUCACGCACAAGAUCCGCAGGCCCCCGUUCGAGGACGUGGCGCAAAUGUUGCCCGCCAUUUUGGAAGACUUCAAUGGCCAAAGGAUCGACGAAUGGACCCUCGCAUUGGCCUUUGUUGCUGUCGAUGAGUGGGUGUAUGACGUGACAAACGUCAUGAGAUAUGGUAUUGAGGAAGAAAAGGCCAAGCUCAGCCCGUGGGUAGGUCGUGUCAUUGACGACGAAGAAAUCAGGAACUGGGUGAUCGAAACCUUUGAGUUUGCCGUCGUUGCGCAGCUGGUCAACGAAAUUACCGAGGACCCUGACCAGUGCGAGAACUGGGACCCGAGGAUACCAGAUCACAACCCCGAUCAGAUUUAUAAAAAACUCAUCAACCUCGUCACUUCGUCAGAGGCAAAGCCAAAGAAGAGGAAGCGUGAAGAGGAAAACACAACGGAGACGACAGAAGAUCUGAUUGCGCCAAUCAAGAGGCCCAAGCUAGAUUCAGAGGGAAGCGAUGCGUCGGACGAUAGCUUUGCGAGAUACUUUGAGCCGCCAGCAGAUGAUCCGGACUCUGAUGUCCCCCUGUGGGGGCAAGCGAUGAUAGCCCGACCUUCCCUUACUCCGGGUGACGGGGGCGAUGAUAGCGAACCACCGAAUGAGCGUCCAACGGAGCGCAAUGAUCCCUGGAACAGAGAAGCCAAGGCUCCAAAUCGUUCGUCGUCUUCUUCGCCCGGACGUGCUAGUCGACGGACAGCUUCAGGCCGUGCAGGAGGCAGCGGGCCAAGGGGUUCGGGCAGCAGAAGCCCCCACGCGUCGUCACCAGGCCCCUCGAGGUCUCGCACACCAGACUUUGACCCCCUGGAUAUCAUCGAUCAGCGGGCCCUCCAAAACAGCCUGCGACACAGACUCAACACGCUGGCCGAGAGAUCCAAGAUCGCCAAGCCCGCUCAACGACGAGGCGCACGGCGCGCCCAAGCCGAAGCGUCUCGCAGCUCGCCCGGGUCGAGCCGGAGCAACACCACGACGCCCGAGAAAGGCCGCACGAGCCCCGAGAAGGCUCGACCAGACCCCGAAACGCCCACCCGCGGGCCCGCGAGACGCGCCCCGGCGCAGCAGCCGCCCGUGUACAGCGAGGAGCCCCGCGAGAAGCUGCCGGCGGCCGGCGAGGGCUGGCUCAGCGAGAGCGAGAAACGUCGGCGCGCCGUUGACGAGGUGCUCUACCGCGAGCAGGCGCCCGCGCCGCGUAUCGUGGCCGGGACGGCGCGCCCCAUGGGUGCCGCGGAGAUAAGUAUGAUGCGGCGUGCCGUGAUGCAGGUUGACACCGAUCGCGAGCGCAUGAUGCAGUGGAAGGACACGCGGGAGACCAAGCAGAUCCGACCUUCGCUCGACGCCCUGACCAAGCUGGCGGUCGACCGCGAGGAGGAGCGAAAUAUCGAAAUGGAGGAGGGGAGGAGAGCGGAAGUAUGGCUGGCGGAACAGGUGGAGAAGGCAAAGGCCAACUUGGCCCAGGGACCCGAGAUACCGACGAACCCGCCCACGAGUGAACCCGCCGUCCCGGCGCCGUCUAUGCCUCUUCCCAUCGUGGGCGGCCCGAGGCCCUCCCCCUCGGAUGCGCCCGCGCAGGAGAAGCUCGCGCUGCAGAGGCUUGCGCAGGGAAGUCUGGCGGCGGCGAAGCUCGAGCAGGAGACGGAAGAAUACCAACGGCUCUGCGUGGUCCUCAACGGCAGCAUCCCACAGCUGGGAGCCCCCUUCACCUUUGCCAGCAAGGAAGAGCGCGCCCGCGAGAAGGCCAACCUCACUGCCAGGCUCGAGGAAGAGACCGCAGUCAGGACACAGGGUCCCGCCAAGGGUCCAAAGACUACGCAACAUGAUCCGGCGCGGGCAGCGGCACGGCGGGCUCUCGAGAAGAGGGCCGCGGCUGAGAUUUCCGACUUCGAGGCUAGAGGCCUCAGGGGACAGCUGCAGCCGCAGGAGAUGAUCCCCGUGCUCCGUGAGCGGUUCCGCCGAGAGAUCCUCAGACGGACGCCACAGUACAAUAUAGGCCUUCGCGGUCACAUGGAACGAGCAUUGUCACGGGUGAAUCUCGCCGACUAUAGGCCGAGGGUUAGCACCUACGUGCACAAUGAGGAGGAGGAAGACAUUUACGGCCCGUCGUAG